GAUUAUCCCGAUCUGCGUCAUGAUGUCAGUGUACGGCAGCGCUAACGGUGGAAUAGGAACAGCUUCUAGAAUACAGUUUGCUGCAGCCCGUGAUGGGAAUUGGUGGGAGUUUCUGUCAUUUAUCAGCGUGAAGAGGUACACGCCCAUGCCAACAAUUAUUUGUCACGUGCUGAUCGCUAUCUUCAUGGUGCUACAGGGGACCAUCACCAGCCUCAUCACGUUCCUCAGCUUCACCAGCUGGGUCUUCUACUGUGCCUGUGCUCUAUGUUGUAUUGUACUCCGGUUUAAAAUAAAGGAGGACCCGAAACGAAUAAAGGUUCCAAUCCUCAUCCCCAUCAUCUUCAUGCUGUGGUGUCUGUUCCUGGUUGUUGCACCUAUUGUAGAUAAUCCCCGGGUUGAGCUGCUGUAUGCUGCCGCUUUCGUUGUUGGUGGCCUCGUCAUCUAUUUCCCACUCAUCCACUUCAACUUAAAACCAAAAUGGUUUGAAAAGAUAGAGAUGUAUCUUCAGCUGCUGAUGGAGGUCGCACCAAGUACAUAUGUGGACACGUCCUGAACAAACUCACCAUAUCUCUCAUAUAACCAGAAUACGAAGACAUUUUGGACACAAAAAUACUCAAGCAAUGUGAGCAUCCUCUUCGUUGCUGGCCUACCGUCACGCAUCUCACACAAACGUGGAUGGUCUGUGAGGGGAUGACUUGAGGCUUCCGAAAGGCGUAUAAACAGUUUAUGGUACACGAGUGUCAGAUUCUAUUUAUCGCACAAAGAGUGUAGUAAUAUAUUUCUAAGGCACCCUGACGUCACACCGUGUCAUGUAUUUACAAAAUCAUUGAACCGGUAUCUCUCUACAAAAAAAUCCACUUUUUACAAACUUUAUAAAGAACGAGUGAUGACUAAAUAGACAAAUCAGAUUAUACAAUAGUUCUUUCAAUUUUUAAGGGCAUACAAAAGAAACGUUCUUCUUCUUUUUGCUCUUAAAUUUAGUACUGUUCGUCUUAGAAGUAGCUAUGGCGUCUCGGAUAUGAUCUAGCAUUUUGCUGUACAUAGUCUAUCACGUUCAUAAUAUACAGUGAUGCUUACAAGUUCAUAUGCAUGUGUUAAAAUUAUUUUUAAAACAAAACCCUUCACAUUUUCAAGUUCAUACAGUAAACAUGUUUUGUUGCUAUUAUUGUCCACUGUUAACUUUUGAAACAUCAGAGAGCAUCUUUGUAUGUACAAAAGUGGUGAAUUAUUUGUAUACUAUGUUAAAGUAAUCUAAAAAAUUGAAAACUCCUUGUUGAAGCAGGGAAUAUGCAUACACCUAAACAGUUUAAGGAUUGAUGUAUAUUCCCUUAGCGACACAGGCAUUUCAUUUAAUCCUUUAUUAUAAAAAAUCCACGAAAAAACACAUUCCCUGAACAUUUUAUAUUAUACAAAUUCUGUAAUGAGACAUGUUCUGUUUCCUUUUCCGGACUACACACCUUUCCCGAUUAGACAUAUAAACAGUAAUAUGUAGACGAUAAAAGAAGAUGAAUUUUUGUAACAAUUCUCUGACGUUUGAUACAAGAAACAACCAUGGAAGGGUGACAUCGUUAUUUAGAGUUGUCAUAUUUUAUUCAUACCCUUUUUCUCUUUUCUUACUUUAUGUACACUACAGAUUAAAACGAGUUAAACUCUU